UUGUCAUGGAGAUGGAAAAGGACCCAGCUUCCACUCGUCGUGCUGUUGCCAUGGAAAUCCCCAUGGCAGCAGCAUCGCUCUCUGUAGCGCCAGGAGAGCCGGAGGAGCAGUGCGAGCCCGCCCUACCCUUUCACCGUGGACAGCACCAUAGGACCAGACCGCCGUUCAACCACGGGAGAUUUUAUAUGCUGAUAGUUAUCGGAGAAAUCUCAACGGACCACCACCUUCAGACUGCCAAAAAACACAUAAUACAGGGACUGCGGUCGUGGGACAUCGAUCUGACUCUGUGCGACCUGAACAGAGAGCUACAGCUCUUCGCGACGCGACACUCUGCCCAGUUCUCCUCAGAGGUCAAAGGACAGAGGACCCUGCAGUACAAGAGUGAUGUCCUUGAGACAGUUGUGUUGGUGAACCCGUCAGAGGAAACUACUGCUUCAGAGAUCCGUUCUCUGGUCACUGACUCUGCUGGACACAAGCUACUAGUCCUAAGUGGCCAGAGCUCUGAGCAGGGAGGUGACAUCACACUGCAGGGUGGAGCCUUCACCUGGAGACACUUCUCUGACAUAAUCUCUGAUCCUGGAGUGACUGAGGUCCUGUCCAACUCAGCAUCGGACCAGCGGCCCAGGCUAACAGUAUCGUGCCUGGGAGACGGGGGCUGGAGCUCACUGGGCCACAGCCAGGAGCAGCAGCACCUCCAGAACCUUCUGGAAUACCGCCUAAACCCUGAGCCCACGCUUCCCGACAUGGAGGGAGUCGCGGAGUUCACAGAGUACGUCUCGGAGACGGUGGACGUCCCGUCGCCCUUUGACAACCUGGAACCGCCCACCUCGGGUGGUUUCCUGAAGCUAUCCAAGCCCUGCUGCUACAUCUUCCCUGGAGGGAGGGGUGACUCUGCCCUGUUCGCCGUGAACGGAUUCAACAUCCUGGUGGAUGGAGGGUCCGAACGCAGGUCCUGUUUCUGGAAGCUGGUCAGGCACUUGGACAGGAUAGACUCAGUCCUGCUGACCCACAUUGGGGCGGACAACCUCCCAGGCAUCAACGGGCUGCUCCAGAGGAAGAUCGCUGAGCAGGAGGAGGAGCAGUCCCAGGGAUCUGGCGGCUCCAACACAUACGGUGACUGGAUGAAGAACCUGAUCUCGCCUGAGCUCGGUGUGGUGUUCUUCAACGUCCCCGAGAAGCUACGAAUGCCUGAGUCCACGCUAAAGGUCAAACGGAGCAUCGAGGAGGCAUCCCUCACACUGCAGUAUCUCAACAAGCUUGGCAUCAAGUCAGAACCUCUUUACAGGGUCGUUAGCAACACCAUUGAGCCCAUCACGCUUUUCCACAAGCUGGGCGUUGGCAAGCUAGACAUGUACAUUCUGAACCCUGUGAAGGAAAGCAAGGAGAUGCAGUUCCUUAUGCAGAAGUGGGCUGGGAACAGUAAGGCCAAGACUGGGAUUGUGAUGUCCAAUGGCAAAGAAGGAGAAAUAUCCGUCCCUUACUUGACCUCAGUAACAGCUCUUAUCGUAUGGAUCCCGCAUAGUCCAACAGAGAAGAUAGUCAGGGUGCUGUUCCCUGGAAAUGCACCGCAGAACAAAAUCUUGGAGGGGCUUGAAAAGCUGAAGCACCUGGACUUCCUGCGCUACCCAGUAGCCACUCAGAAAGACAUAUCCUCUGGGGCCCCGCCUCCAAUCAUAAAACAAACAAAGAUGAGAUCAAGAACAGAAAGCAAGGAGAGCCUGAAAUCUUCCACCAAAACACAGUUGGCCUCAAAAGCCAGCAAGAAGGAAGCUAAAGGGCUGGAAGAGGAGUCCAAGAAUGACUCGGCUAAAGAGAACAAAAUUGAAAAGAGAGAGGAGAAGAAGGAGAAGAAGGUGAAGAGUGAGAGCGCCAAAGCUACCAAAGCCACCAAAGCCACCAAACAACAACAAAACAGUGAGGCAGCACCCGAAGCAGCCAAACUGGAGAGAAAGAAGCUGUCCAAGGAGAAAACACUGAGGAAACACUCCAAGGAACGACCAUCUAAGAUGGAGGAGAAAAAGGACAAAGAGAAGAAAGAGAUCAGUAAAGUAAAGAAAGAGGACAACAAACGCGAAGUGAAGAAAGAUGAUACUGCUAAAAAAGAGGAGAAAAAAGAAACAAAAGCAGUGAAGGAGGAGAAAAAGAAGGAUCUGAGUAAGCCAGAGCUGAGGAAGAUCACCAAACCAGACCUGAAACCCUUUACCCCAGAAGUCAGGAAAACCCUCCAUAAGGCAAACAAGACACAGGCCAAACCCAAGACGGACAAGACUGACAAAAACAUAACAGCCAAACCGGUCAAAGAGAAAACAGCUGAGAAAAAGUCUGUCCCAAAGAAAGCCCCCCCAAAAUCCGCUGCUGCUUUGGCAGACGGGUCUGUUGUAUCCUCUCCAGAAGACCUCACCAAGGACUUCGAAGCUUUAAAACGAGAUGAGCUCUCGAAGCUAGGGAGUGAACCCAUUCAGAAUGAUGUCAUGUCUGGAUGUCCAGCUUUCACAGACUCCAAACUCCCUGAUGAGGGAAUAACAACUAAAUCCCCAGCCAAUCUUGGAGAGAAGUUUGAGGAUGAGGGUGCUGACAUGGAUGAUGGUGAUGAUGAUGGGGAGGAGUACAAAAAAGAGAGUGAUGUACUAAAGAAAGGUGCAGAUGUCGGGAAAUGGCAGGACAUUAAAAGAAAUGCUGGCAUGGAUAGGAAAUAUGAGGAUGAAAUGGAGAAAUACGACGACGACGACUACUCUACUAAGGGAGACAUGAAUUCGAAGAAGAGUGUCAGCUCAGAAGAGGAGGGUGACGUUAUCGAAAAAGCAGAUCUGGAGGGAAUUGAGGAUUAUGAGGAUAAAUACAACUCAGAAAAAGAUAAAAAAGAAUGGGACACCAAGUCAACCGACUUUAAAUCGUUUUCAACCGCAGUCGCCUCUGGACAAACCACUACCGCUGCCUCUGAGCAAGUGUCCUUCAUCCAAGAUGAGACUAUUCCCGCUUAUUCCGAAACGGAGCACACCAUCUCCGAUGAGGAGAUCCAUGAAGAACCCGAGGACAGGAUCCCACACCUCCGCUACGACGUUGCUUCCUGCGACAUCACCGUUCCCGACGUUCCAGGAUCCUUCGACUCUGUGUAUGGUGUUAGGGAGAUGAGAGCCUCGGCUACGUCUGACGCCUCAGACUUCAAAGCCAAAGGCUUCGUGGGAAGACAUGACCCAGUGUUGGCAGCCUAUCCAAGCAUCAUCACAGCUCCGCUCGCCGAGGAAGAGCACAUCUCCUCAGCCACGUCCAUCACAGAGUACGACAAACUGUCCUCGUUCGCCACUUCCAUGGCGGACGACCAGUCCAUCGCAUCUGUGACCGCCCCGCAGACAGAGACAGAGACAGGGAGGAGCUCUCUUCACCUGGACACGGUCAAUAGCAUCCCCUACCGCACCGAGGCCACCCACGGGAAGGACUACCUCCACUCGGCUGGAACCAUCUCUCCCACCUCCUCCCUGGAGGAGGACAAGAACUUCAGUUCUCCUCCUUCAAAGGAGUACCAGCCUUUUGUUACUGAGAUGGAGGCUGGGAGGAAGACCAAACCCGUCCAUGAGGAGUAUGACGAAGAGGAGGAUGAAGACGAGGACCAGACUCCCAACGUUGAUAUCCCCUUGGGGAAACUCCAAGAGGGCUACGAGCAGGCGACGGCAGCCAUGUUGCUCCAGGACAAGGAUAAAUCCCCCUCCACUGCCUUUGCACCUCCCUCUCCUCCCUCUUUCUCCAGCGGGUUUAAGCCUAGUUCCAUGUUUGAAGUUGAAGAGAGAUGUCUUAGCCCAGGCGACAGCACCGUGAAGCUGGCCUCACCUACCCAGUCGGUCCCCAUCAGCAGUGGCUACUCCCCCACAGAGGAGAAGAAAAACAACAAAAUGGACAACACUGAAACUGAGCUCCAGAAAAUGGGGCUUUCUGGUGACAAGACCCCCUUUGAAGAAUCAGAUGAGGAUGAUGAUGAUGACUAUUAUGAGAAAAGGGAUCUCAAACCCUGUGUUAAAGCUAAGUAUUUGGAACAGAAGGAGGGUAGGUUCUUGGACGAUGAAUCACCUCAAGAAGAGAAGCUGUCUGAGAGGGACAAAGGACUUGCAGAGGAUGACAUCAAGUCCAAGUAUCUGCAGAAUAAACCGGGGUCGACAGACGAGACACAGUUCUCUGGUUACAUGGCGCAAACAACCAAACCCCAGAUCAUGCACUCCGACGAGCAAGACGAGGUGGAGGAAGAUGAUGAAGAUGAUGUUGUUCAACCAAGUGGAACAGGGUCUAGAGCUUUAUCAGUAGAGCAAAGUAAAUUGGACUCUGAAGAUGACGAAAAGGAUGCAGCAUUAUCCAGAAAAAAGAACCAUGUAACUUUGAAAGAGCCAGAGAAAAGUGUCCAGUUCAAUCUGUAUGACUUCCCGGAGCGAGAGAGUAGAGAGAAACGCUCAGAAGAAGAAAUAAGACAGGACACCCCAUAUGUACACGGCAAGACUUUCUCUUACAGUGAUAUCUAUGACAAUAAAACCAGUUAUCAGAAGGACCAAUCAGAAAAAAUGGGGAAGGACAGUAUGAAGGAGACGGAUACACAGAAAAAGGACUCCGCUUUCCCCUCAGACAAGGAGGGUUUCCCUAGCUCUCAUGGAAAAGAUGUAUCUUCCUCCUCCUCUUCCUCUUCCCCCUUUCCAUGGCUCCAUGGCUCUGAAUCUAUAGAGAAGAUAAGUGAGCCACGUGGAUACAGCAGAGAGAGCAGAUUCCCAUCCAUGGCUGAUAGACCAGAGGCUUCAACCACAUCCUUAUCAUCAGAGAGAGACUCCUCCCCUUAUAAAGUUCACAGUGAUUACACCUCUGUAACAGGUAGUGCUGCAGCCAAACCCUCUUCAAUGAGCUACCAUGACAAAGAGGUGGAACUGGAGAUAGACAUGAGGAAGCUAACAGCCAGGGAUGAGGAAGACUACGAUGAUUAUGAUGAUGAAGAUGAUGAAGAAGAGGAUGAGGACGAUGAAGAGGAGGAUGCUAUUGACUCAGACAUGGAGAAAGGUGCCAAAGAGAAAUCGGAAAAGGAAGUCAAAAGUCCAUUCAUCGAUGGUGUGAGCUCAAAACAGCCCCAGUUUAUGGUUUCCAUGGCUGGCUACGGUUACAACAGCCAGACAAAGCCGACUUCACCAGACAGCAUGAGCACAGAAGAGCCAGAGUUUAUGGUUUCCAUGGCCGGCUAUGGUUACAACAGUCAGGCAAAACCGACUUCACCAGACUGUGUGAGCUCAGGGAUAACAACUAAAUCCCCAGCCAAACUUGGAGAGACGUUUGAGGACGAGGGUGCCGACAUGGAUGAUGAUGAUGACGAUGAUGAUGAUGACGAUGAGGAGGAGUUCAACAAAGAGAGGGAUGUACUAAAGAAAUGUGCAGAUGGUUACAGUAGUCAGGCAAAGCCGACUUCACCAGACGGCAUGAGCUCGAAAGAGCCAGAGUUUAUGGUUUCCAUGGCCGGCUAUGGUUACAACAGCCAGGCAAAGCUGACUUCACCAGACGGCAUGAGCUCGAAAGAGCCAGAGUUUAUGGUUUCCAUGGCCGGCUAUGGUUACAACAGCCAGGCAAAGCUGACUUCACCAGACGGCAUGAGCUCGAAAGAGCCAGAGUUUAUGGUUUCCAUGGCCGGCUAUGGUUACAACAGCCAGGCAAAGCUGACUUCACCAGACGGCAUGAGCUCAAAAGAGACAGAUUUCACAGACUCCAAACUCCCUGAUGAGGGGAUAACAACUAAAUCCCCAGCCAAACUUGGAGAGAAGUCUGAGGACGAGGGUGCCGACAUGGAUGAUGAUGACGAUGAUGACGAUGAUGAGGAGUACAACAAAGAGCGGGACACACACAGCCAGGCAAAGACGAUUUCACCAGACGGCAUGAGCUCGAAUGAGCCAGAGUUUAUGGUUUCCAUGGCGGGCUACGGUUACAACAGCCAGGCGAAGCCGACUACGCCACCUUCCUCCACCACCUGCAAAGGUGACAUGGGCGCCACAGCGUUCUCUGGGUACUCCUCUGGGUUUGAUUAUUCUUACGGUGGGGAGAAAGACACAUUUCAGUCCAGCCAGAUGAAGGACAAAGAGGGAAAAGAUGACUAUUUCCACAGUGAGAGAGCUGACGGUGGUAAGAAAACAGGAGACACAGUAGGAGUCUCAUCAGGCUUCCACUACACCACCACCUCUGCCACGGCAUAUUCGUCCUCCUCUUCCUACAGCUACUCCUCCUCUACGUCCGGUCCGUCACUCUCCACCAGCCGGCAGUUUGGCGAGGAGCUGGAGACCCCAGCCAACGCCUCCGACCACAUCUUCAAAAAUGAUACAGACAGUGCCGGCUUCGAGUACUCCUCCUUUAAAGAUGAACAUGCCUCCUUUAAAGAUGAACAUGCCUCCUUUAAAGAUGAACACGGCUCCUUUAAAGAUGAACACGGCUCCUUUAAAGAUGAACAUGCCUCCUUUACAGAUGAACACACCGCCUUUAAAGAUGAACACGGCUCCUUUAAAGAUGAACAUGCCUCCUUUAAAGAUGAACACACCGCCUUUAAAGAUGAACACGGCUCCUUUAAAGAUGAACACGCCUCCUUUAAAGAUGAACACGCCUCCUUUAAAGACAAACAUGCUUCCUUUAAAGAUGAACACUCCUCCUUUAAAGACGAACAUUCCCUGGCCAUGGACUCCUCACCCUUUUCCAGUUCCUGCGGGAUGGUUAAGAACGAGUACCUGGAGGUUUCAGAGAAGCAGAUGACGAUGGCCACCACCACCACCGCAGAAUCCACCUCCAGUCUGGCCCGCUUCUCUCCUCACAGCCCCUUUGAGGAGAUCAAACCUUUCCACUCACACUCCUCCGCUUCCUCCUCGGAAGACAAAAAGGAGCAUGUUGCCUCGAUGGAAGGAAGUGUUGUGAACAAAAGCCCCCAGUCGGACUGCUUCUAUAAACCGGAAUGGGCGGAUGAGUCCAAGCUGCAGGGUGCAGGGGGUUAUGGGCCUUUCUCCCAGUCACCCAAGGAGAAGGAUGCCAUCGCCAUGGGUUUGUUUGGUGUCACCUCGUCCCCACGGCCCGACUCAACAGGCAAGCAUUACUUUGAAAACUCUGACAGUACUGAGGAAGAGGAUGACGAGGAAGGUUACAUGCGUGAGAUGGGCCUGUCCUUCUCUAAAAAACACGGCAGCAGCACCACCACCUCAGGUAAGAUAGAUGGCGCUGGUCUCCCUGAUGUGCUCACCUCGUACAUACCCUCCUCUCUGCUGCCCACCAAGCCAGACACAGUCAAUGGAGGCAGUCCCAUGGAGGUCAGCAGCAUGAGCUCCCCCAUCAGUGCAGGGCCGGCAGCCAGCUGCGUGAGCCCAGGUCUGGGUACAGCUGAGGAGAAAAAGGUGAGGGGCUCCUAUGAGUGGAACAUGCAGAAGCCCCAGAUGGACAUGGUUCCUGGCGACUCCCCGCCUCAUUACCGCCACGAGGACGAGUUUGAGGAGGAAUGCGAAAUGGAACCCGAGUGCCCCGCCCGCCCGCUCUCCCUCUCCUCCACUGAACACACCUUCGGCUCCCCCUUCUACACGGAGGCGUCGUGCCGAGGAGAAGCAGGAGGAAGAGAUGAUGAUGAUGACAGCGACCUGGACCUCCCUCCUGAAAUGGGCGCCUCCUCCUCCACAUCCUCCUCCAAAGCCUCCCCUGGCUACUCCUCCUCGGAACACAGGCACCGCAAGGGAGACCUCUCGCCCUCCUUCAUCAAUCCCAGUAUGCAACAGCAGUCCAGCGAUGAGGAGGACGAGGAGCGGGGACGCAGGAGCGACCAAUCGCAGGAAGGGGACGAACAUGAUCUGUCAGUCAAGAAGAGAGCCAACAAACAGCCCCACCACCCCCGCUUCCAGGGUGGCUCGAUCACCCACGCCGGGACGGCUGGGCUGGGGUUAGCCAGAGAAGACACCCCCCCAACCUCCGUCAGCGAGUCUAUACCGUCGCAGUCAGAUUCAGACGUUCCCCCAGGGACAAAGGAGUGCCCCUUCAUCACGGGCAACAGCAACAUGGACUCUGACGAGGACACUGAGUACCUGCCUGUGGAUAAGUUCUCCACCAUGGGAGGGGGCCACCAUCACUCCUCUUCCUCCUCCUCCUCCAGGAUUAGCCCCCGGGACCCCCCUCCUGCCCCACUCAUGGACCCCUUCCCCAACCCCCCUCACCCCGACGUCUGCAUGGUGGACCCCGACGCUCUGGCCAAUGACCAGAACCGGGUAACCUCAGAGUCGCCCCUCAAGAAGGACCCCAAGACGAAAGGCGUGCGGAAGACAGGGAAACCCAAGUCGGCAUCUCCGGCUCGCCGCAAGCGGUCCCCCAUGCCAGUGAAGCAGUUGCCAUCCCCUCGCAGCGCCUCGCUGAAGAAGAAGGAGACAGAGAAGAGCUUGAGGAUGUCCCAUCUGUCAGACGGACAGGCCUCCAGAGACGAUGACCUCUCCAGGUCCAGUUACAACGCCGGCAGGGUGGCCAACGGAGUUAAGAGCACCUCAGGCUCUCAGAGGUCCAGUUCCGUGGUUCCCCAAGGCCCUCCUAUCUACGUAGACUUGGCCUACAUCCCCAACCACUGCAGUUCUAAGAACGUGGACCAGGAGUUCUUCAAACGUGUCCGCUCUGCAUACUACGUGGUGAGCGGGAACGAUGUGGGCAAUGACGAGCCCAGCCGAGUGGUCCUGGAUGCUCUACUGGAGGGCAAAGCCCAGUGGGGAUCCAACCUACAGGUGACGUUGAUUCCCACCCAUGACACAGAUGUGACUCGGGAGUGGUACCAGCAAACCCAUGAACGGCAGCAGGAGCUAAACAUCAUGGUCCUGGCCUCCAGCAGCACCGUGGUCAUGCAGGAUGAGUCUUUCCCCGCCUGCAAGAUCGAAUUUUAAGCCCCACCCCCCUCUCUUCCCCUCUGUAAUGGGACAACACACAGCUCCCCUGGUUCAGUCUGUCUGUUUAAAUAUUUUGGAUCUGCCUUUUCUAGGGAUUUAUUUCUUACAGUAAAUCAUAACAGUACAUCUCAAAUUACACCCUAUUGGUCUUAUAGCGAACAUCUCUGGUCUAAAGUAGUGCACUGGACUGUAUGUGGAGUAGGGUGUCAUUUUAGACAGAGAUAUUCAACAACCACACGUUUGAUUAUGGUUAGUGUCAUUGUUUGUAUUAUAAAGGUGCUCUUCAGACUAUAACGCUCCUCUACUAUAAUUCUAAGGUUUAUUCAAGGAAACAAGUAUGGUUGUGCAUACGGUAGAAAUCCAGGCAAAAUGUCCAGGCAAUGGUUACUGUUUCCUUCAAGUUAAGACAGAUUUUCUUCUAAUAGGCAUAACUCAUGCACAAGUAUGCCCUAUUAUAAUGUUAGAGUCAUCAACAACAACAACAGACUUAAUCUUUGUUUAAAGAAGUUACAACACCAAAACACAUUUUGUACUUUAGUGUUUAUAUGUUUUGUAGAACUGAAUACACCAUGCUAAUGCCAAUGGUACUUUUCUCAUCCACGUGCCACUCAUUGAACUUUGUGCCUAAUAUUGACACAUUGACAUAGAUGAUAUUCUAAGUAGAUUGUCUCUAAGAGUCUUUUAGAUGUCGAAUAAUUAUGUUUGUAGUAGAAUAGGGUGGAAAAAACUAAUCGAGUCAUACUCAAAGGUUUUGUGUGUGCCAUUCAGUUUUCAUGUCAUUUCUGCCAUUCAGUUUUCAUGUCAUUUCUGCCAUUCAGUUUUCAUGUCAUUUCUUCAAGGUGAAAUUCACUUUUAAUGGAUUUCUCAAAGCGCCAUACUGCGUACAGUAAAUCCUAACUAUCAUUGUUGUCUGGUUGUAAAGUGAAGUCUUUUGAGAAUGUUUCCAGCCAGAACACAUCCAGAUCUGUCGAACAGGGCUGGUGUAUAUUGUACAAUAUACAACAUGCACAGUAGAUUACCCUUGCUUUUAUUUUCCAGGCUUGCAUCCACAAACAUAUCGUGGAUCCAGCCAACGUAUGCUAUUGUGUGAAAGGAAAGGAGAAUACUCUCAUUGCAACAUUUUAAUGACUGUAUGUCAGGUUGCUACAUUCAAUGUACUACUUCCUCGUCAUAGCAUUUAUACGCAUGUAUAACAUACUGUAAGCAUUACACAUUGGCUUGGAAUAGUGUGGCUUAUUAAAUGACAAAUAGCUUAAGCAGCUUGUUUGUGUUCAUGAACUCAUUGAUAGAAAGGAGGCUGUCAGGUUAAAAGAGGUUACACAACUUAAAGACAAUAACCCUCCGCUAUUUAACUGCAGAGCGACACUGUCUGUCUGUGAACUGGAGUAGGUCCACACUUUGGGAAGGUAUCACAGAUCAUAUGAUUAUUCUCACAUUUAGUAUUGACCCUUUAAGAGACAUGGGUGUGAUUUGGGAUUUGUGUAAGGUGAAGAUAGUGUAGACUAGUGGUAUGUACUCCAGCUAUGACCAUCAUGGUAUCGUCCCAAAUGGCACCCUAUUCCCUAUGUAGUGUACUUCUUUUGACCAGAGCCUUAUGGUAGUGCACUGCAUAGGGAAUAGGGUGCCAUUUGGAGCAGUCAUACCUAACCUGGUUAUGACUACAGCAAUAGGACCAUGUGGUUGUGAGCUCAUGGCCCAUCACCUGUACAGGGUAAUAGUUUGAUUGAGUGUCUGAAGACUUGUCUGUGAGGUGUUUGCGCCGUGCAUUAAGACCACGUUGAUGAAACAUUGAUGAACAUUGUGGGGCGGUUCCAUAGAUGAUAGAGGUUUGACUGUCACCCACAUGUGCCUUUCUGUCCUGUCGUGUGUUCAAGGAAGACUCGGAUGCUUGCUUGAAAUGGCCCUUGUGGCAAAGCCAUAGAUAUUCAGUGUUCGGCAAACACCGUUUCAGUCUCAGAAUUUGAACGGACGCCAUGUUGGCACUGAAAGCUUCAAGAUGCAGAUUAGAAUGUUCUCAUCAUGGCAUGUUUGGUGCAGACAUGGAGGAUGGGUUGCCAUGGUAAAGUAGUGGCUAGGUGGGCAGGUCAGUGUUGUAGUAUGAUCACUAAACUAAGCAAACUAACAUGGUACUUCUACCAGUCAGUGAUCACAGGGUCUGAUAUUCUCUGUCGACGAUAGUGAACAUGAAGCACAAAUGAUCAAACAACUUAACAAGUACCAACUGUGAUCAAACCCAUAUUCUAAGAACUUUUAGGCCUACUCAUAUGAAAAUACUUUAAUUUGGGAUUUCUACCAAUUGUGUUUAUGUUCUUUAACACAAAAGCAGUCAUUUUUAAUCAGAAAAAGAGAGAGCUUUGUUGGAAAUGUUAACUCACAGACAGACGUUAUUUCCUAUUGAGUUGUAUUAUUUUCUUAAUCCUUAUGAUGCCCAUGGAAAGGGAAAUAGGUGUUCUGCUUUAGGGCUGUUUUAGAACCGUUAACUUUGGGACCAGAGGCCAAAAGGUUUUUGCUCUACCACAAUCACCUUGACUCAAUGCCUUGGAAUGUUUUUAAAGACAAAAUGUACAAUUUGCUUUUGAUUUUAUGUGAUUAUAGUCAGUGUGUCUAGAAUGUAAUUUUCAGUGUUAUUUAAGAUGGGUUUUCAUUUGUGUGCACAGUUCAAUUGUAUCCUUUAAUUUUACUGUGAAUUGGGAUUAACUAAGUAGAUUGUUAGAAACUAACUGUUAGAAAACGAGACAUGUUUUAAUUCCAUUUUAUUGCAUCAUGACAUUGAGUUUGAGGCUUACAAAGAACAAAUUAUAACAUGCUUUGUUCGAGGUUCUAGACAAAUUGUACUAUUGCGCAAUCUUUGAGGCCAAUCACAAUAUUCAGCAAUGUAUUCCAGUUUUUCUGAGACAGAUAUGGCACACACACACACGUAAGUAAUAAUGAAUUUCAAAUGCUUUCAGUAAACAUGCUUUGAAUCCUGCAAUGUUUUUUUCUUCUCGUUGCCGAUGCUCAAAUGUACCGGACCAUGUAGAUUAUCAGAGAGAGUAGUUCUGAGACAGAACUGCUCUGUCUGUUAACCAGGCUGCAAUAACAAUACUGAGAGGUUUAACCAGGCUAGUUCUGAGACAGAACUGCUCAGUCUGUUAACCAGGCUGCGAUAACAAUACUGAGAGGUUUAACCAGGCUAGUUCUGAGACAGAACUGCUCUGUCUGUUAACCAGGCUGCGAUAACAAUACUGAGAGCAGCGUUCAGUCUGGUUUAACCAGGCUAGUUCUGAGGGAUCCAGCUGAUCCGAAUGUGAAGAAGCAGAUUAACCUUUACGUUCUCCGUGGAGGACAUUGAUAUCUUGGUUGCCUUGGUGACAUACUAGUUAGUAGUUGUAUAUAUUUCUGCUCCAUCAACUCAAAAGGGUUGUCAGUCAAAGUCAGACUGUCUCCUCUAUUGUGUGUGAAUACAGUGCAUAUCAAACUUAUUUUUAGGGCAGAAUGUCUGUUAUUUUAUUUCUUUACUCUUGUCUGAAGUCUGUCUAUUUCUAAUGGUUGCCCUGAGAAACGAGUGGAAUUAAUUAGUCAGCGAUUGAUUAAAGAAAACUGGACAAGUUCUACAUUUUCAGAGACUGAUUUUUGACCGUACAGGUAACUGUCUUACUAACAGUCAAAGGCAAACUAACAUGCCUGCUAUAUUGUUUAGCUGAGAGAACAUUCUGUAUAACAAAUAUUGGAUAAUUUUCCAGUGCUUGCAAUUGGCUUUCAUGUAGAGAAUGGGAUUCAGAACAACAGUAUCCCUUUAUAUCUCAGCAACUCUAUGAGAAGAUGCUCAAUCUUCUUGUGCUGUAAUUUAACCAGUUUUCCUGUGGUCUUUGACUUCAAGGUUGUCUUAACAGAGACAUCAACUGUUAACUCAUGUCAGUGUCAUUCUGAAGACUAGAAUUAACAUUGUAUUCAUAGACAUACACAAACCACAACACACAAAACUGACUGCCAGAUAGUGACUCGGAUCACUAUAUCAAUACAUUUUAUAUCUAGGGUAUUUAUAAUGGUUCACACAGUGAAUUUUUCCAAAUAAAAAAAACAGAACAAAAACAGUAACAAUGUAUUGUGCAAAAAUAAUAAUUCCGUUGAAUUCUCCAAAACUCCUCAGAAUCCUGAUGUAGAAAAUCCUCAUGAAGAUUGUCCAUCAUUCCAAUAAACUGCUUAUCUGUGCAUGCUAUCUUAUUGGUUCUAAUCCUGUAGGUAAUAGUUUAAAAAUGAAUAAAAUAGCCUUUCUAUUUUAAAAGAUGCAUAUUUAAAAAGCUAACUGUGGAUGGUAUGGGGAAGGCUGGUGCAAGGUCGUCGUCUUGCCUCCACUGGCUGUGCUGGAAGGAAGGCGUUGGGAUCGCUCUCCUCUUUCUUUUUGCAAGCUUCAUGACUGUUCUUAAAUCUUUUGUUUUAAGUGCAAUAUACUUCUCUAUCUUUAGGAACAUAGAACUUCAGCAGAUUUAUUGUCAAAGGGGGAAAGUGUGGUGAUCAUCAAUAAAACAUGUAUUGAAGAAUA